UCGCCUAGUUAUAUUGAUUGCAAAAUCAAACAGGAACACAGAAGAGCCACAAAUUUUGGGACACAGCACAGAGGAGCAACAGAGGAAUAAAAGCAGUAAACCAAAUGCUACGAAGCACUGCCAUAUACAAAUACAAAUACAACUGCAAGUGAUUGCACGGCGAGGACUACCAUUUGAAUCGCUCGUCAUUUAUAACUAAGGACAUACACAACUGUAGAAUAAGAAGCAAAUAAAGGAGAGGAAAUUUUACAAAAUCAGAGACUACAGACAAAUGAGACGGAAAAAGUAACAUUGGAAGAAUAGAAACGGAAACAGCAACAAAUUAGGAACUUGUUUUUAGAAAAAUUCACAAAAAACACGAACAGAUAUGAAAUAAUAAUAAACAAGACUCUCUGUCUACCACUUUUCCAGCCAAAGGAAAAGCAGAAGCACAAGCAAAAGCAAAAGCACGAAAACCGAAGCUGAAGUGUAAACUUUUAUUAUAGGCAAACAAAAGAAAAGAAAAGCAAAGAAAACGCUCUUAGGGUUGUAAAGGAAACGAGCAAACAAAAGGAGAGCCGUAAUAAAAUUGCAGUGGAUGGCAAACAAUAAAACGCAUACUCGCCAUAUUGAUAAAAGUGAAACGUUGAAAAUCUCAUAGUAUUAGGUAGUGUUAAGGACAACCAAAGCGAACAAAGUCGGGGAAAAUGUAAGCUGCAGCAGCUGGAUAAGGCAGAAAAAUCCUAAAAUUAAAUUAUUACAAUCUAGCAGAAGGCAGUGGAAGGCAGACACAUAUCCGCUGGCAACAACCAACACGAGAGAGACUAUGAAAAAUGCACAACUGAAGCUGAGUGACGUUGACGAUGACGAGCUGUGGCUGGCAGUUAGAUUAGCACAGUGCAGCAGCAGCAGCAGCAGCACCAGCAGCACCAGCAGCAGCAGUAGCAGUAGCAGCAUCAGCAGAAGCAGCAAGAACAACCAGCAACUUUCCCAACUGCAACUAAGGAGCUUAAGUACAAAACACUACAGCAAUAUUGCAGAGCAGCAGACGCGAGCAGCAGCACGGCAGCAGCAAAAUGUAGCCUGCAACGCGAGCAACAAUGGACAGCAACAGUCGCUAGGCAGCAACAUGUUGUCGCCACAGGCAGCAGCUGCAGCGCCAGCAGUGGCAGCAGCAUCAGGAGCAUCAACAAAAGAAACUGUUUCUAGCGGCAAUCAUGCAACAACCCAACAACAGACAAACAUAAGACUGUGCGCACGCAAGCGACAAAGGAUGCGUCGGCGACGAAAAAGAAAACCAGAAACAGCAGCAGCAGCGUCAGCAGCAGCAGUUGCAACGGAAUUCGAAACAGAAAUAGUAGAAACAUCUAGCAAUAUCAAUAUUAGCAACAAUCUAUGGCCGACAGAGACCUAUAUGCAGUACCGAAGCAGCAACAAUCCAUCAAUAAUACAGGACUUCUCGCCAGCAACAUUCAGCUGCCUGCUGCAAGUGUGGCUCAUGUCGCUGCAACAGAGAGCAGAAGUCCUGCUCAGAGGGAUCGUGACCAGCACCACCGCCAUCAUUUCCUACUUAAGCAGGAUUGCACCACUGUUGAGAAGAAGAGGCAGACAGGGCAGCAACCAAAGCACCAGCACCAGCAGCAGCAGUAGCAGCAGCCACAGCCACAGCAGCAGCACGCAAAUAAUUAACGGACUUAAUAAACACUCAUGGAUAUUUUUAUUGAUAUACUUGAAUUUAUCUGCUAAAGUUUGCCUAGCAGGAUAUCAUGAAAAGAGACUGUUACAUGAUCUUUUGGAUCCUUAUAAUACACUAGAACGUCCCGUUCUCAAUGAAUCGGACCCGUUACAAUUAAGCUUUGGUUUAACUUUAAUGCAAAUUAUUGAUGUGGACGAGAAAAAUCAAUUGCUUGUCACGAAUGUGUGGCUGAAACUGGAGUGGAACGACAUGAACCUCCGCUGGAACACCUCCGACUACGGGGGAGUGAAGGAUCUUCGCAUACCGCCGCAUCGCAUCUGGAAGCCGGACGUGCUGAUGUACAACAGCGCCGACGAGGGAUUCGACGGCACCUACCAGACUAAUGUCGUGGUGAGGAACAACGGGUCGUGUCUGUAUGUGCCGCCGGGAAUCUUUAAGUCGACAUGCAAGAUAGAUAUCACGUGGUUUCCCUUUGACGAUCAGCGUUGCGAGAUGAAGUUCGGCAGCUGGACCUAUGAUGGAUUUCAGCUGGAUUUACAAUUACAAGAUGAAACUGGCGGUGAUAUCAGCAGUUACGUGCUCAACGGCGAGUGGGAACUACUGGGUGUUCCAGGCAAGCGUAACGAGAUCUAUUACAACUGCUGCCCGGAACCGUAUAUAGAUAUAACCUUCGCCAUCAUCAUCCGCCGAAGAACGCUCUACUACUUCUUCAAUCUGAUUAUACCCUGUGUGCUGAUUGCUUCAAUGGCUCUGCUGGGAUUCACUCUGCCACCGGAUUCGGGUGAAAAAUUAUCGCUGGGUGUUACCAUCCUGCUCUCGCUGACCGUGUUUCUCAAUAUGGUUGCCGAGACAAUGCCGGCCACAUCCGACGCGGUGCCUCUGUUAGGUACAUAUUUCAAUUGCAUAAUGUUUAUGGUAGCUUCAUCCGUUGUGUCAACGAUUUUAAUAUUAAAUUAUCAUCAUCGAAAUGCUGAUACGCACGAAAUGUCCGAAUGGAUACGCAUCGUAUUUUUAUGCUGGUUGCCUUGGAUACUACGAAUGAGUCGCCCGGGACGACCACUGAUCCUGGAGUUCCCGACCACGCCCUGCUCGGACACGUCGUCUGAGCGCAAGCAUCAGAUACUCUCCGAUGUCGAGCUGAAAGAGCGCUCCUCGAAAUCGCUGCUGGCCAAUGUUCUGGACAUCGAUGAUGAUUUUCGCCACAAUUGUCGCCCCAUGACGCCAGGCGGAACACUGCCACACAACCCAGCCUUCUAUCGCACGGUUUAUGGACAAGGCGACGAUGGGAGCAUUGGGCCAAUUGGCAGCACUCGAAUGCCAGAUGCGGUCAGUCAUCACACGUGCAUCAAAUCAUCAACAGAAUAUGAAUUAGGUUUAAUCUUAAAGGAAAUUCGCUUUAUAACUGAUCAGCUACGUAAAGAUGACGAGUCAAAUGACAUUGCCAAUGAUUGGAAAUUUGCAGCUAUGGUCGUUGACAGACUGUGCCUUAUCAUAUUCACAAUGUUCACAAUAUUAGCCACAAUAGCUGUACUACUAUCAGCACCACAUAUUAUUGUCUCGUAG